CCCCAAAGGCUCUCCUUUUCCGCCAGUGCCCCCCAUUCCACUCAGGACUCACGCGCUCUUCAAUCGCUCGCCCCCCGUUUCUUCCUCCCCUCGCCUUCCUUCCUUUUCCUUCCAUGUUCGAUCCAGCGCUGUCUGUCGUCUUCGCCCGCCCCCAAAGCAGCUCCGACCUUUUCCCCACUUUCCCUUGGCGUCUACGGCCUUGUCCGGUGUAGAAAACAACGGACUUCGUUGUGUUGCUUUGCUGCGGUUCUUGGCCGCUCCUGCAAGCUCAAUCCCUGCUCCAUCUCUUAAGAGCGCCCCCCUCUCUCCUCCCACUCGGCGAAGCUUUGUUGUUCGCUUUGGAUUCCGCGGCUACGAAAGGCUCGGCUCCUGGGUUGGGAAGGCGCCCCCUUUUCCAGGCGACGAAUUUGGUGCGGGUUGAUGGCGUCCUGCCGCCAGGACUCCGCGAUGCAAUGAUGGGUUCUUGAAUACGAGGUGAAUCUUUGACCAGCCGAGUUUUCGAAUUCCGAGCUCAAGUCCCACCGCUUCUUGAUCCGCCGGUCGCCAUGGGCCUCUGCUACGGCAAGUCGGCAGCGGUCCAGGAGCCGGCGGUGGCGGAGGAGAACGACGUAGCCGACGGCGCGGCGGCGGGCCGCGGCGACGAUGGGCCGCCGGCGUCGCCGGUGAAGGCGCCUCGGACGCCCAAGCAGGGCAAGUUCUCCUUCUACCUGCCGAGCCCGCUCCCGCCCUCCAGCUACAAGGGCUCGCCGGCCAACUCCAACUCCAGCGUCGCGUCCACGCCGGCGCGCGGCGGGUUCAAGCGCCCGUUCCCGCCGCCGUCGCCCGCCAAGCACAUCCGUGCGCUGCUGGCGCGGCGCCACGGCUCGGUCAAGCCCAACGAGGCGUCCAUCCCCGAGGGCGGCGAGCCAGACCUGGGGCUGGACAAGAGCUUCGGCUACUCCAGGCACUUCGCCGCCAAGUACGACCUUGGCCGGGAGGUGGGGCGCGGCCACUUUGGCUUCACCUGCGCUGCCAAGUGCAAGAAGGGCGACCUCAAGGGCGAGGACGUCGCCGUCAAGGUUAUUCCCAAGGCCAAGAUGACUACUGCUAUUGCCAUUGAAGAUGUCAGAAGAGAAGUCAGAAUAUUGAGUUCUUUGACAGGCCACAGCAACCUAGUGCAGUUUUAUGAUGCUUUUGAGGAUGAAGAAAAUGUGUAUGUUGUUAUGGAGUUAUGCAAAGGAGGUGAGCUGCUGGACAGGAUUUUGGCUAGAGGUGGAAAAUAUUCUGAGGAAGAUGCUAAGGUUGUUAUUCACCAAAUUCUGAGUGUUGCUUCAUUUUGCCAUCUUCAGGGUGUUGUUCAUCGAGAUCUGAAACCAGAGAAUUUUCUUUUCAUGUCAAAGGAUGAGAAUUCUGCCUUGAAAGUCAUAGACUUUGGUUUGUCUGACUUUGUUAAACCAGAUGAAAGACUUAAUGACAUUGUUGGAAGUGCAUAUUAUGUUGCUCCUGAAGUUCUCCAUCGAUCUUACAGCACUGAGGCAGAUAUGUGGAGCAUUGGAGUAAUUGCAUAUAUUUUGCUUUGUGGAAGCCGCCCUUUCUGGGCACGAACUGAGUCAGGAAUUUUUCGAGCUGUUCUAAAAGCCGAGCCUAGCUUUGAUGAAAUCCCAUGGCCUACCCUUUCUGCUGAAGCGAAAGACUUUGUAAGAAGGCUACUCAAUAAGGAUUACCGGAAGCGGAUGACUGCUGCACAAGCCCUCUGCCAUCCAUGGAUCCGUGGCACACAGGAAGUUAAGAUUAAUCUAGACAUGAUAAUCUACAGGCUUAUGAGGGCGUACUUAAGUUCAUCUUCUCUAAGGAAGUCGGCUUUGAGGGCUCUUGCAAAGACACUGACGACAGAUCAAAUCUUCUACCUAAGAGAGCAGUUUAUAUUGUUAGGUCCAAACAAGAGUGGCCAUAUAUCCUUGCAAAAUAUGAAGGCGGCCUUGAUGAAAAAUUCCUCGGGUGAAAUGAAUGAUUCUAGGAUUCUUGACUUUGUUAAUUCAAUAUGCAAUAUCCCAUAUGGAAAGUUUGAUUUUGAAGAGUUCUCUGCUGCGGCCAUUAGUGUAUAUCAAAUGGAAGGCCUGGAGACCUGGGAACAACAUGCUCAACAAGCAUAUGAAUUGUUUGACAAGGAGGGCAACCGACCAAUUGUGAUUGAAGAACUUGCAUCGGAACUUGGACUUGGCCCUUCGGUUCCACUUCAUGUUGUUCUCAAAGAUUGGAUCAGACAUUCAGAUGGAAACCUCAGUUUCCUCGGGUUCAUAAAACUAUUGCAUGGAGUUUCUUCACGCACAAUCCCUAAAGUCUAAGAUAACCAUUUGCAUCGACCAAUCCCUAAUCUCUGGCCAGGUUGUAGAAGUUGCAUGAAACCAGUACAAAGAUUAACAGGUCAUCUUAGUGUAAGAGGUAAAAUACUCCUAGUAGGUGUAUAUUUGCCCUGCCUUCCGCAACAUGGAUCGACAUUGUCCUCAAGAUGUUCGGAGGAAUGUACAGAUUUGGUUUGGGAAGAGUGGAAAUGCCAAAGGAAUUUAGGCCGGUUUUUUUGUUUGUUCCAGUAAACGCAGUUAUUGCCUUCAUUUGUGCUGUGCACCUGUGCCGCAAAAUGCCCCAGUCGUUACAUAUGCUACUGUUGUUUUGAUUUAUAAUUCUACGAGAGUUAAUGUACAGCUUUGUAACUUUGGAAUCCUUGCCACACGAAGGAUUAGUCGGCCUCGAAUAAUGUAUAAUGAUGUGGCUCUGGGAGGUGAUCUCAGGAAAAGGUGAAAAGCUAAGGUCUGUUGGUGUU